AUGAAGGAACAGGCCGACACCACCACCGCGGAGUCUCCUCCCCCUCUCUGGAAAGUGCGCAUGCCUUUUUGGCACCGCGUGGACUGCUUCAUCCGACUAUGGCUGCUGAAAUCCCUGGCCGCCAUCUACUUCUACUGUCGGCGCCUGGUACGACAGCCGCCCCGUCGCUACCAGCCCACUUUCGUCCGUCGCUAUCCAUCUCGUCCCAUGCUCAACACUCGCAUCUUCUUCCCGCCCAACUAUCGCGCGGGUGAGCGCCUGCCCUUAUAUCUGAACAUACAUGGUGGGGGGUUCGCCGUGGGGGAUGCCCAGGUGGAUGACCGCUUCUGCGUCGCCUGGGCCGGGCGUACCGGCAUGCUCGUCGUGAGUCUGGACUACCGCCGCGUACCCCGACAUCCCUUCCCCACCGCCACCUACGAUCUAGUCGCCCAGAUUAAGGACGUGCUGGCGGAUGAGUCCCUGCCCAUUGAUCCGGAGCGCAUCACCAUUGGGGGGUUCAGUGCGGGCGGAAAUCUGGCCUUGUCGGUGUCGCAGCUGCCUCCCCUGCAUGGACGGGUCAAAGCCGCCGUCGUCUACUAUCCGAUUGUCGACUUUGGCCAUCCACCGCCCGUCAAACUAGCCUCCCGUCCCUACACGGAUGGCCCCUUGGACAAGAUAGGCAUGAUGGCGUGGGCUCUGGACUGGGGGUAUGUCUACCUGCCCCCGCGCAUCUACAUGAUUGCCGCGCAGUGGGAUAUGUUGCGGUUGGAAGGCCAGCAGAUGAUCCACCGUCUGGCGGGCUUGCACGACAAAGAGGACCAGGAAGCGCCCUUCGAGACGUCUGCGUAUAAGUGGACCUUGGCCCGAGGGUGUACGCAUGGCUUCACGCAUGGCUUCACGCAUGGCCAGGAGGGGAAUGCGGCCGAAAGAACGUACCGGAAAAAGGUUUGCGAAGACAUAUAUGGCCAGGCCCAUGAGUGGCUGAAGAGUGUGUUGGCAUAGAAGUCGUGGUCUGGUUGAAGAGCAUCAGUAGAUAUUAGACAUUAGACACAACGGGAAUAUUAGAGACUAUAGACAACAUGUUAUGUUGAGACUGGUCUAUGCAGGAGGGCCAGCAAUCUGCAAAAGAAUUAGCGUGUCCCGAUAUCGUCCU